AGGAGUGAGACAGUGUGUGUGUUUAUUUUUGGCUCAGUGCGAGCGUGUCGAUGGCUGCCGAUGCGUCGCAAAGGAAAGCUCUGAGAUACCAGCAGACCCUGCUGUAUGGGGAAUACAGGGAGCAGCUGGGUAAUAUCGCCAGAAGGGAGGCCACACGUCUGUUGACUGAAAGGCAAUGGAAGAGACAUGCCGGCAAUGUCUCUUCCGAUGGCCGAGUACAUCAUGCCAGCCAGGAGGCAGGGCCCAUGAAUACAGGAUUAAGCCACUCCUCCUCUAUAAAGAAGCCCCGCCCCUAUUCCACUUGUCAAGACUGUCUGGGCCGAAUCCAGAGGUACAUUGUGACAAAGCUGGGGGAGGACUGGAUCUUCUUGGUUCUUUUGGGUCUCACCAUGGCUUUGGUUAGCUGGAGCAUGGACUAUGCCAGUGCCAAGAGCCUACAAGCAUAUAAGUGGAUGUAUGGAGAGCUUAAGGGGAAUGUGGCUCUACAGUAUCUGGCCUGGGUUUCAUAUCCCAUCAUCCUCAUUGUGUUUGCAUCCCUCUUCUGCCAUCUGGUCGCCCCACAAGCUAUAGGCUCUGGGAUCCCUGAACUAAAGACUAUUCUGAGAGGUGUUGUGUUAAAGGAGUAUCUCACACUCAAAGCUUUUGUGGCUAAAGUCAUUGGUCUUACGGCUGGUCUGGGCAGCGGCAUGCCCAUUGGAAAAGAGGGUCCUUUUGUGCAUAUUGCCAGUAUCUGUGCGGCAGUACUGAGCAGGGUCAUGUCCAUCUUCACCGGUGUGUAUGAGAACCCUUAUAGUUACACAGACAUACUGACAGUAGGAUGUGCUGUUGGGGUGGGCUGCUGUUUUGGGACUCCCCUUGGAGGUGUUUUGUUCAGUAUUGAGGUCACGUCGACAUAUUUUGCAGUGAGGAAUUACUGGAGAGGAUUUUUUGCUGCCACAUUCAGUGCCUUCAUAUUCAGAGUUCUGUCAGUAUGGAACAAAGAUUCUGUCACAAUAACAGCACUGUUCCGUACAAAUUUCCGUAUGGAUUUCCCCUUUGACCUGCAGGAACUGCCUGCAUUUGCAAUCAUCGGGAUCUCAUGUGGGUUUCUAGGGGCGUUCUUUGUCUAUCUGAACAGACAGGUCGUUCUGAUCAUGAGGAGACCAACAGCUCUCACGCGCUUUCUCACAAAACACCGGUUGAUUUAUCCUGGUGCCGUGACACUAAUUAUAGCCUCCAUCACAUUUCCUCCGGGCUUUGGCCAAUUCAUGGCUGGAGAGUUGAUGCCCAGAGAAUGCAUUAAUUCGCUGUUUGACAACUUCACCUGGACGAAGAUCUGGGGCUCCCCAGUCCCGCCCGGACUGGGCCGCUCUGCCAUCUGGCUCCAUCCACAAGUCAGCGUCUUUGUCAUCCUCCUCCUUUUCUUCAUCAUGAAGUUCUGGAUGUCUGCAGUGUCUACAACAAUGCCAGUCCCUUCUGGAGCGUUCAUGCCUGUUUUUAUACUGGGAGCAGCAUUCGGACGUUUGGUGGGCGAGAUCAUGGCCACACUCUUCCCAAAUGGAAUUCUGUUUGAUGGGAUCGUGUAUCAAAUCCUGCCUGGAGGCUACGCUGUGAUAGGUGCAGCAGCUAUGACCGGGGCAGUCACACACACGGUUUCCACAGCAGUGAUCUGUUUUGAGCUGACGGGGCAGAUCUCACACAUCCUGCCCAUGAUGGUGGCCGUGAUUCUCGCCAACAUGGUGGCUCAGGGUCUCCAGCCUUCUCUUUAUGACUCCAUCAUCCAGGUCAAGAAACUACCCUAUCUCCCUGAGCUCAGCAUUGGCCACAUCAGUAAAUACAAUAUCUUUGUGGAAGACAUCAUGGUGAAGAAAAUAAAGUUUUUAUCACCUCAGUCCACAUUCAGAGAGCUGAAAGAACUGCUGGAGUCCACAUCUCUCAAAACCAUCCCGCUUGUUGACUCCAAAGAUUUAAUGAUUCUAUUGGGCUCCAUUGAGAGAUGUGAGCUUCAGGCUGCCUUUGAUUGGUGGCUCUCAGCAGAAAGGCGAGUUUACAACCAGGGUGAGGGCGUGCCCAGGGUCAGCUGGGAGUCCUUUGCCUUUGUGGAUGAGGAAGUUGGAAAGGAAAAUGGAGAGAAGGGUAACAGAGCCUCUGAAGAGCGUAACGGUCCACUGGGGUCUUCUAAAACCACAGACACCUCCACAUUGGGUACUCUACAGUCCAUGCGGAGGACCUUUCAUCGCCUUUUCUCCUCCACUACCUCAUCUGGGGAGGCCGAGCCACAGAGCCCUGCAGCCCUCCCUGUAGCUGAUAACAUGACCCCUGAAGAGAUCAAAGCCUGGGAAGAGGAAGAGCUGGAUAAGCCAAUUGACAUUGAUCAGAUACGUGUUGACCCCUCACCUUUUCAGCUGGUGGAGAGAACAUCUUUACAUAAGACUCACACCUUGUUCUCUCUUCUGGGUCUCAGUCAUGCUUAUGUAACCAGUAUUGGUAAACUGGUUGGGGUGGUUGCACUAAAAGAGCUCCAGAAAGCAAUCGAGGGUUCAACCCGUAGUGGAGUGCGACUGCGUCCCCCUCUGGCCAGUUUCAGAGACGCACGACGCAAGGCCAAAAAGUCGCCCCAUUCCCCUUCCAUCACGUCCUCUCCCACCCAGGACAAAGAGUUGUGGAGCGAGAGCGUAACUACAAGAGAAAAUAAAGAUGAGUCCAGUGGUAGUAGUCUCCAGACAGCUGGGAAAGAGUGUAAUAUAGCCAUGAGCAACAACAGCAGAAAUAGCAUUGAUACCUCUCAGGAGCAAUUACCGUCCCCUUCCACUUCCACAAUACCUCUCUCUUCUCUUCAUUCUAUGCCUGAAGGAGAGGCGAAUGAUGUUAGAGAGAGUGAUGAGGAGCGUUUAUAGGUCUUUUUCCUCAAAUUCAGCCCUCCAGGGGGAGGCAAACCAUAUUAUAGUACUGCCUUUGAGCAGAACAUAGGCUGCAGUUGUGCACCAGAGUCGCACCAUUGGACACGUUGGUGUUGGUGUGUUUUGAAGGGAUUCUCUACUCUGCAGACAGAACUUUCUCUUUUUUUCAAGAUGCUUUUAUUCAGUUACAACCUUUUUUUGUUGGCUUUACAUUUGUUUAAAUGUAAAGCCUGUGUCUGUCUAAAACAUCUCACAGAAUGUCUUCCCCCACUACAUAUCCCAAUGUUUGAAUAAUGUACUUGGUAUUCUGUCAUAUACUCUAGAAAUUGAAAAUGUAGAACUGUUAUCUUAAAGGAAUAGCUCAUCCAAAAAAGAAAAUUCUGUAAUUAUUUAUCACCAUCAUGUCGUUCCGAGUUCGUAUUCAUUUAAUUUUGUAGUGGAAAACGAAAUGCAUUUUUUUAAAAGAAACUUAACGCAACUCGUUCCAUACAAUUGUUUAUAGUCAUUAUGUCCGACAAGCACCUAAUAGAUAUACAUAUCUAUACAACAUUUAGUUCCGGACCUCGAAUCUGAUUGGACGAGAGGUGUUUUAAGAGUGCUGAUAACUCAGACCAUCAGCACUGGGACGCUUCACUGUUUGCAUCACUCCGCUCGCGUUCGUGGCUUUCCAAACUAAAGUAAGAGCCAUGCAGAUUUGUGAAUUUUCAUUAAUCCCUGCAAUAUUAAAGAUUUGAGCCAGCAAGUGGCGACAUAAGACCAUCUUGUGCAUGAGCUAUUGAGCUGUUGUUGAAAGUCUGCUUUCAAUUAAUGUGUAAGUUUCUUUGAAGUCAUCCAGAACUCCAUGAUUACUCAGAUUACUACUACACUAUAGCUGAGAAAUAGAGUUAAACUAACAGCUUCAGCAUUACUGCCGAUCACAGCUCAGAGUCUGUUUUCUUUCUGACAACAAAACACUUGAAUGUGAGUAAAAUAUUGGUAGGAUCAUUCAGAUAGCAUGUAUGGAAGCAUCACUCCUCAAUCGGAGCAUUACUAUCACACUACAGCUGAAGGAAUAGAGUUAAACUAACAGCUGCAGCAUGUUUAUCACUGUAACACACGCAUGGUAUCACACGCUCAGUCACUUACACUCUCUCUGUCUCUCUCACUUUCUCUCUCAUACUACACCCACACACACACACACACACACGCACGCACAUUCUUGUUUCUCCAAUAAUUUUAGAAACCACCCAAGCUGUCAUUACUUGUUUUAAAGUGUGGUUUUUGAAUUAGUAGCGGAGGCUUGAGUGCAUUUUUUCAAACUAGAAACAGCAGAUCAUGUGGCAUAAGAAAGUAAUUCCACAUGAAAGUUUUUUGUUUUUUUUGGAGAGUCCUUAGUUUUUCCCUACUUAUUUAUUUACUUGUUCGUUGAACUGUUGUAAAAAAGCAUCAUCACAUUUGCAAUUGUGCUGUAUUGUCCAUCUAUCAGCACAGAUUUGAUUAUUUUAUAUAUAUAUAUGCAUGCAUGCAAAGACUUCUGGAUCCAUACAAAAGCUUUCUGUGAGAAAAAAAAAUACUUAUUUUCUGUUCUACAAAAAUAAAACAUAAAAAUAACAGCAUACAAUUUAGUAACAUCAAGAAAACAAUAAAAAGUGACAAUACAUUUUUUUGGGUGAACUAUUGCUUUAAGAAAAUGCUCUUACUGGUUUGACCCCUAAAUUUGUUUUGGUGGUGUAACAUAAUGUAGUCAGGAUUAUUUCAUUUAGUCAUAUUCAUUAAUAUUUUUAAAUCGAAUGAAACCAGUUAAUUAUAAAUGUUAACACUUGAAGCACAUUUUUAGGCUACCUGACAAAACUUUGUUUACAUGGUAGAGAAACAGGUGCUUCAUGUAAUAUUUAAUCACUAAACAUUCAUUAUAAAGCUGAUUUACCUGCAAGUCAUUAUUAUUGAAUCUUUGUUUGAUUAUUAUUACUACUGAUGAAUAUGAGAUGAGAAUUUUUAUUAAUACUUGUGUUGUUUUAAUGGUCUCAUUAGCAUGCAGACGUUUUGUCUGAUAAGGAAAGAAAAUCAAUUUGCAAUGUCUUAAAAAUACACAAAGUGCGCAAUUCUACUUUGUUUGUUUUAUUUAUUUGUUCUUUAUUUUUGGGGAAAAUGUAGAGGAAUAGCAAUGUUCUUGAGGGUCAGGGAGGCCUUUUCUUCGUGCAGGAAAAACAGAUGGAUAAAAGAGAGAGAGAGAGCACUCAAAAGAGAAAGCACAUUGGAAGAACCAUCUUUUUAUAACCUUCAGAAAAGCAUGCAUAGAUAUAUCACAGACUAUUUCUUAUAUAUGACAUUUUUGAUAAGCUCAGUCACUUAGUACCCAAAUCAAUAGAUUUUUGUCAGUAUAUCACAUUUGGAGCAUGUAGAAUCAAUGUCUGUAAUCUUUACAAGUAUUUCUAUACAAAUCUGUUUCAAAUCUGUAUUUCUUUUUCUGAAUAUGAUUCUUAAUAUGAUUCUUCCAUCAGAAGGAGACAACACAGGUUUUGAGUAAUAGACAGAUAACAUAUAAAGGGCGAGAGAAAGGAGGAGAGAAAGAGUAGUACAUCAGUUCAUAGAGAGAAGAGAGAGGUAGAAGAGGGGACCGUUUACAGUGUCAUGCCCACAGACAGUUUCGUAGUGAAAGAUGGCAGUAGAAUUGUACAAAAAAAUCUAUUUGAAAUCAGUUCAUCUGUAAACACAAUUGAUAAACAACAACAUCCAACAAAAGGAAAUACAUUUGGCUUUUUGUUAUUAUUUAUUCAUUCUUAUAUUUUUAUCUUACAUAAAAAUCAAUAAAACAAGACAAGAUAUCACUCCUUUGGUUGCAGUAGUAUGACCAGGUAUCUUUUGAUCGGCAUAUCUGUAAUUAUAAGGGUGAAAUCUUUGAGGCAUUUUGCAGGGUAAUAGAAUAUCUAGGGAGAUGACAUAAAUAAAAUGAUUACAGGCAUGCUAAAAUUAGUAAUUAAAUUUGGAUUUACUGUAAAAUAAAUAGAUAUUUUGAACUAGUCAAUUAAAUUAAAUCUCAUUAACCUAGAAUUGGGAUCGGACCUUCAAACUUUGUGCCAGUAGUAAAGAUACAUAUCCAUAGAGUACUACCACUCUAUUACACGUGUACAACACCAUGUUGCAGUAGCUCUCAUUAACAUCAAUGUAAUUUUAUGAAAGACAGAAAGCAUGAGCCAAACAAACAAACAAAAAACCUGUUGAAGAUGGAUGACCAUUUGUAUGACUUAUUAUAGCCUAAACCAGAGAGAGUGAUACUAUUACAACCAAAGGUUCCUUAAUCUCAAAAUAACAAAUAGGUAUCAUACAGGCUUCAAAGUUAAAUCCCUCCCCUAUGUAAUUCUUAAAUAAAUAAAUGGGUACAUAUUAUUUCCUGUGAGCAACACUUGGAUUGAGGCCAAGACUAAUGUAGUGGAAGACCCAUUUUUCCUUUAUUGUAAGCGAUAGGCUAUAACAACCUAUAGAUAAGGGACAAUAAUCAACGUUUUAGCAGUUAUGAUGUAGUUUAAUGCCUGGAAUGCUACAUGUCAUGAUAAUGUAAAUAUAAAACUUUGCAAUUAUGAUAUGCAAAGAGAUUUUUAAGCUCUUAUCUUAAGGGUUUUGAAAUUACUAAAGGCAUCUUCCACAGUGUGCAAGGAGCCCGACAGUAAAAUAACAUGUACCCCAACAUAUACAAGAGGGAGUGCUCACAAUUGUGUAGAAAAAUAAACAUUGUCCCAACAUUGCAUAAAUAAUCAGUCAAUAAAUAAAUUCAUUCAAGUCAAUACGCUUUAAAUAGCUAUUAACGCAAGUUCUUCUUGCCCCGAUGUUUGUAUUACACACAAUCAUCAAAGGUGAACCGUGUCCUCCAAAGAAACAGUUUGCAAUAACCAGUAGACGUUGUUGUUGUUUUUAUUUUUAAAUCCGUGGUGAAUCAUGCAUGACAUCACAAUGCAGUAUGAUGUAGUUAGCCUACUUCUGUUUCUGAACCGGACGGCUGCUCCUGCUUUGGGAUGCAUAUUAUGCUUGACGUCCGUUAAUGUACACACACGCAGUCAACACAGUUUGUUGCGUCAUAGUGACUGUUGUAAUCAGUGACCAUGACAACAGGAAGACGCCGGUGCAGUUCUAUAUUCAAAAAGGCCUGAGAGUUGUUCAUGAGGUCACUUUUAACACAGAUUAAAGUCCAAAGUCCUGUUCUGUUUGGGACAUUUUUCCUUUAGUGGUAUCUUGGUGACGGAUAUUUACAGUAUGUGAAUCGAGGUCCCUGUACUCUAUCCCACUUGAUACACAGUGAAAAGAAUUCGUAGGCAAUGGAAUACAUUUCAUUUCUUGACAUGCUUUAUAAUAUAAAAAAAAUUAAUCAUCAAGAUGUGGUCCUGCAUGUAAAUGUUUUAGACAAGUUUUUCUAAAGUAUUUUUUUUUCUCUUUAUUAAUUUGAAGUUUGAGGUCCGUCGUUCUCUUUUGAAAUUGCAAAAAGCAAUUUCCUUCAUCAAGGAUUUUCUCUUGUUUUCCAGUUAAACUAUCAAAACAAUUAACUUGAGAAGAAAAACUAUAAGAUAGUAAGAUUUGUUUUAGAGAUUUUAUCUUGAAUUAAUCUAUUUUUCUUUGCCCACUGGGAAAUUAUUUUUCUUUUUUAUGUAUAAACCUCACAAAAUAUGUUUUAACUUAUGAUUUAACCAAGCAAAGAAAAAUUUGCCAAUGGGAUAAUAAAAAUAUAUAUAUUUUUUUGCAGUGCAGUGUCAAUCACCAUAAAAGUAGCCUAAGUUGAAGGUAAUUUGAAAUUUUGCGUUAACGUGACGUAGAAAACCACCCAGAAACCAUUAAAACACAAAACAUUUACAAAACAUUGGGAAAUAUAAAUGAAAGUUUUCCCAAUCUUACUGCAUCAGAAUUCUGAAUGUGCUGUUGUAGUAUAGAAUGAGAAGUGUGACGUCUUUUUUCUCGCUCUCAUAAACAAUCCAAUUAAAUCCAAAAGGCAUCCGUCCUUUAUCCAGCAAACCAAUAAAAGUGCAAACAUAUUUUUUUAAACGAUGCAAUUCUCCAGCGCCGUUGAAAUAAACACACAACGCUCACAGAAUCAGUCUCAAGCUCAGCUCAGAGUACUGAGUUCCAGUGCAAACAUCUAUACAGUGUUUUAGGACUCAAGAGCACACUGACAAACCGCAUGCAUGCCAAAGGACACACAGAGAAGGAAGCACGCUAUGUUACAAUCCAGUACCGUACAGAACCAAAUAUACUGUAAAUGUGCAUUUGUGUAUUUUAUUUAAAUUUUAUUUUUCUCGAAAAAGCCCACUCAGAUUGUAUAAAACCUCUUAAAACUGACAGUGCGCACUAGUAAAUAAGAUUCAGUCAGUACUUUUUUGUUUAUGUUGCGCUGGCUGAUAUGGACUUGACUGACAUCUAGUGGUGUGUGUGCGCAAUAGUUCUUGGUUACCGAUGAAGAAAUGUGCUAUUCGCAGUCAGUCAUGAUUAAAUUAUUCUGUGUGCGAUAAUAGGGUAGUUACGAAGAUAAUAUUAGGAUCUUAACAUAUGUGAUCUCAACAUGGCAGUAACCCACACAAUGCAGGGACUGGAUUCUUCAUCUCAUGUGAACAUAAUUUUCAACAUAUUUUCCAAAAGUAGCCUACUAUAGUGCAUUUUAGGGGUAAAACGUUUUUGAAUGAGAAAAGAAAAGAAAUCUGGGUUCAAUAGGCUUAAUUAAGCUCAACCGACAGCAUUUGUGGCAUAAUAUUGCUUACCAAUUCUUUAAUUGAAUCUUUGAUUCUUUAAAAAAGAUUAAAUGGAGGUCACAGUGAGGUACUUACAAUGCAAGUGAAUGGGGCCAAUUUUUAAAGGCAGAAAUAUUAAUCUUAUAAAUUUAUAAAAGCACUAAAGUUGUUAAAUUGCAGAUUUUACAGUCAUUUUAGGAUUUUAGGGUUUGUUGGCAUAACAUCCUCACAGCAAUAGGGUGGCCAGACUUUUCCUCUCUUAAAUUUCUUUAUCGCCUAUGCAGAUUUCUCAGUCAUGUGAGUAUUCUAAUCAAAGGAAGCCAAGGAUAUGGCUUGUAAAACCAAUAAAAUCACACUUUUAUUUGAAGUACAUGAUUGGAUUCAACUAUCCAAUCACAAUCUCCUAUCAAUAGACAUCCAAUUAGUGAACUGAUUGAAGAGUCAGUUUGAAAGAGCACACAGAUGAAUUUGUGGCUGGAAAAAUGUCAAAGAAGUGUGCAUGUACAUAAAAUGAGGAUUUUCAAAAAGAGUUACAGACAGAACCUUGUAAAGUGAGAUGUGAGAUUUGUGGAGCUUGCUUUUCCAUCGCACAUGGAGGCCACACCGACAUCACACAGCAUGUUCAUACAAAAAAUCACGUGGAUGCUGCUAAAAGUAAGUGUGCCAAAUCAAGUGUUAGUGAUUUUUUCUGAAGCAAAAUUCAGAAUCUGACAAGGUGCACGAAAGUGAAGGACUUUUUUCUUAUCACUCUGUUGUGCACGGCCAUGGUUUUGCACAUUCAUGAUCUGAGAAAAGUCUUGCAGGCCAGGUUGGAGGAAUCAUUCAUACCCUCUGACAUUAAAAAGCAGUUGGAUGCCCUGGUGGAAGCUGGUGACAUGCAAGCAGAUGAUUUAUUUUGUGCAGUGCGAAACUUUCAUUUAGCAUCAGUGGAUUACCUCCAAAAUUGGAUCCACUCAUUGGAGAACACAGAAAAACUUGAGUGGGCCCUACUAAGAGACCUCCAGAGUGGAAAGACAUUCAGAGCCGCCUCAAACUUCUCAUACUUCUACUCCAGAAUCCACGCUCUCACUUUCAUUGAUGAAACCACGCUCUUUGAUGAGUGGACUUGUGCGAAAAACAUUGUCAGUCGUCGCAUCACUGAGUGGAACAUGAACAAGACGGCCAUGUCUGAGAGAUGGACAAAAACAUUUUGUGAGCUGGAGAGCAAGACCAUCAACUUUGGAGUCUUAGCCGAAGUCACGGUGAUUGUUUUAUGCCUGCCUGGGACAUCUGCAUCUGUGGAGCGUGUGUUCUCAUUCAUGAAUGCAGCAUGGAUACCUGAUAAAUCUCAAUUCAGUGUAACAGUCAUGAAGGCAAUGCUUUUCAUACGUCUUAACUAUGGACUGAACUGCUCUGCAUUUUACAAUAAACUCUUGAAAGUCAAGCGCACACUAAGAAAAAUUGCUGCCAGCGAAAUGUACAAAGUAUCAAUAGUUACAGAUGCAGAUGCACCCUCUACUUCA